AUGACGGAGCCUUCUUCAGGCUGGUGGAAGCUGACUUUCCUGAGGAGACAAAAAUCCCAGCCCAAGGUUCUGUAUGAAAUCCCUACAGACUUUGUUUCCAAUGCCACCACUGGCCAGCACGGGCUGGGUGCGGCAACCGGAGGCGGUGCCCACGCGGAGGUCUCUGUGCACGACUCCCAGCUGGACGCCCGACUAGAGAGGAUCGUGGAUAAAACGACGGCCAGCAAGGGGCGCCAUGUCAAGGUGUCCCACUCUGGAAGGUUUAAGGAGAAGAAGAAAGUGCGAGCCACGCUGGCAGAGAACCCAGAGAUGUUCCCAGGAGGUGACCCUGCGAAGGAUGAGAACCAGAAGGCUAGGAAGUGA